CUAUCCAUUUUCCAAUCAACACAUUCCCUGUCUUGAACGAAGCAGCUAAUUCGAACAAAAACAAAACCAUGCCUAGUGCAAGAAUUAGAAUCCCAAUUUAUCAACAGAAUUUCGCCGGCGAUGGUUAUGAACUACAGUUUCAUGACCAACUGGCGGCGAAUUUCUCCGAUAUGAUUUUCGGGUUUCUUGAAGAUAGUCAUGAAGAAUCAUUGCAGGGAAGUACUAGCAGCGAGGAGUGUCGGGAAAAUGAAGCAUUAGAUGAAGAAGAUGAAGAGAGAUCAGAAAAUGGAAGUGUUGAAGAGGACAAGAACUUUUGGGAGAAACAACACCAGCUUCUACAAGCUAGCUUAUGCAGGACUAGCUCCUUGGAAUCAGGGAUUAGAAAUGUUACUAAAGAAGCAAUAAAGGAAAUUCAGAUGGCAGGAACAAUCUGUGGUUGUGGAAGAUCAAUGGUAGGUGGCUGCCGGAAUUGUUUGAUGACAGAAAUCUCUGGCCACCUCCGAAAUGCAGGCUAUAAUAGUGCCAUUUGCAAAUCUAAAUGGAGAAGUUCUCCAGAUAUCCCAUCAGGGGAACACACGUUUUUGGAUGUAAUAGACAAUUCAAAUUCUAAAAAAGGGGAGGUGAGGGUGAUAAUUGAAUUAAAUUUCCAGGCUGAGUUCGAGAUGGCAAAAGCAAACGAGGAGUACAAUCGGCUAGUCCGACGAUUACCGGAGUUGUUCGUGGGAAAAAGCGAAAGAUUAAACACAGUAAUAAAGAUCUUAUGCUCGGCAGCUAAGAAGUGCAUGAAAGAAAAGAAAAUGCACUUGGGGCCAUGGAGAAAACAAAGAUACAUGCAAGCAAAAUGGCUGGGCAAUUGUGAAAGAACAACGGUGAAGCCUGCCUUUUCAACGGAACGUUCCGGCCGGGUCUCAAAGCCCAAGGCGUCCAUGUUAACGGUGGAUUUACUAGAGAUGUUGCCAAAUAUGCAUUGUACAGCAGUUGAGGUUGUGUGAUAUUGUGAAAUGAAAAUUUUGUUUCUCUUU